UUUAUACCAACUUUUUAUUCUCUCUCUCUCUCUAGAUUAGUAAACAACUUUUCGACUUUUUAUGCUUUCUACUGAAAGUCCUCUCAGAUCCUGUCCUAGCUCAUCUUCAGUGAAACCUUCUUCAGUUUCUUGAAUUUAAUUUCCUCUUAGUCCUAACCAUUUUUGAGUGAUAUAAGAAAUGAGUGAGCACCGAUUCCUUGAAAAAACUUUCAGAUGAUUUGCUGAUAUCUUCUCAACCUCCGAUCUGGGUUUUGGUUUUAAGUUCAUACCCACUAAAUAGAAAAAAAAAAUCAGAAAAUUAGAGCUAGUAAUUAAGAUUUAGGGUAAAGGAACAAUCUUUUUGUGGAAAAUUUUGGAAAUGAUUCAGCUACUGUUUCUAAUUCUGUUCGUGGAAGGUGCUAUUACAUUCUUGUUACUAAUCAAGAUUGGUCCUUUGAGGGAGCUUGUGAUUAAAAGCCUUGACCAGAUGAAAAUGGGGAAAGGUCCCGCCACUGUGAAAACCAUCGCUGGAACCAUGGCUGUUAUCCUCUUCUCCAACCUCAUGAGCAUUGUCAAGAUCCAGAACAAAGGUGCAAAGCUCGGGACUAUGUCUCCUAUGGAUCAGGUUCUUUGGAGAACCCACUUGCUUGAAGCUUCUCUAAUGGGAGUGGUACUGUUUCUUGGCUUUGUGAUAGACAGAAUGCACCAUUACUUAAAAAAGCUACUCAAUUUAAGAGGCAACGUCGGAUCAUCUAAAGAAGAGCUUGAACAGCUUCAGAAAGAGAGAAGCGAAUUAAAGGAGAAACAGGAGAAGGCAUCCAAGGAAAUCAAGGAGCUGCAAGAGAAACUGUCAUCUAUGUCAGAGAGACUUAAGAGAGCAGAGACCGAGUGUAAGGAGAAAGAGAAGAAGGUGGAAGCAGCUGAAACACAUGUCACGGCUCUACAAAAACAGUCUGCAGAGCUGCUUCUGGAGUAUGAUAGUUUGCUAGAAGAUAACCAAAAGCUCCAAAGUCAGAUUUUGGGGAAAACUAAGAGCUAAAUUGUAAGAUUUUAGGGAGUGUUGUUGUUGUUAACAAUGGUUGAUUGAGAAAGAGAGUUUUUUUCUUUAAUGGAGGGUUGAAGUUAGCAUUUUUGUGUUUUUGAGUAUAUGGUUGAUGUUGAAUGUCUUAUGAAACUUGUUCGUGCUGUCUAUAUCGACUCUUUUGGAAUGUGUUUGUUGACAGUUUUAUCAAAAUUGAUCUUGACUGUGAC